AUGGCAUCCCGCAGCGCCGACACCACUCCGCCACCGUCACACCUACCGCAUUCUGCCGCCAGUACCGUUACCACUACUACUACAGCAUCGAUUACCACGGGACCGAAGAAGACGCCCCCUCCUCCGAAGCAGCAGCAGCAGCACGAGGGGAAGAGCUUCAGCUGCUCCGACUUCUUGCGUCGCAAAGAAAAGGAAAUUGUGGACAGAUCUAUGGCUUACUUCGAACUGUCUCUGGAUCGAUGUCUUGAAUCUUCAAUCUCCUCUUCGGUCCACGCCACUGUCGCUGCCGAUGCCGGUGCUACUACCGCUGGUGCUAAGCGCUCCGGAACAACCCGUUCUGGCAAGGCGAAGAAGAAGAAGGUCAACCCCAAGGAGAGCCCCGACGACAGGAGUCGGUUUGCCUGUCCGUUUGCAAAGCACGACCCGGCCAAGCAUCGGCAUGUCAAGACCUGCUGCGGGCCGGGCUGGGAGGACGCCCACCGGGUCAAGGAACAUGUUUACCGCGCUCACUCCCUCAAAAACGUUUGCCCCCGCUGCUUCAGCCGGUUCGAAAAGUCGGAAUCGCUGCAGGCACACCAGCGGGCAGACACACCGUGCGGGCUGCGUGCGAAAACGUGGGAGUCCAUUGGCGAGGAGCAGGAAAAGCAGCUGCAUGCGCGGGCCAAGGCGCACUCGUCCGAGGAAGACAAGUGGCGGGACAUGUACCGGGUGAUUUUUCCGGGGGAGAAGGUCCCUUCGCCAUACUACGAAAACGACGACUCCGUCUCCGACUCGGCAGCCACCCGUCAGGAACACAUGCUGCAGCAGUUCGAUUUCAUCCGGCAGCAACUCCCGCGGGUGGUACGCAGUCACAUGGAGGUCUACGUUCAUCAGAUGUUCGAGGAGUUCCAGAACAAGGCCAACCAAAAGGUCGUUGAGAUCAUCCAGUUCGUCGAAGCCAGCAUGGUUCGAACAUUCCAGUUCGGACUCGAUCACUCAACCCCCGUCACGGCCAAUCUCUACCCACCCAACAACAACAACAACAACAAGAGCACCCCUUCAUCCCCCAUCUCAGCGACCCUCCUCCCCUACGAGUCGCCGGCCCUCACCCAUUCCACCCCCGCCACCACAACCACCGACACAUACACCGGGCCCCCCACAGCCUCCUUCCCGCGCAUCACCGACAUCAUCGGCCAGCUGCACAACGACCCGAGUUACCAGGACAUGUGCGCCAUUACCCACCGCGACAUCAUCGGCGACAUGAUGGCCGGGCAACUGGGCGGUGGUAGUGACCUGCUAGAAGGGGCAUGUGAAGGGCUGAGCGAGAACGACUCGGCGUAUUUUAGUAAUAGCUCGAGCAACGCUGGGACGUACCCCAGCACCGAGGGGUAUGCCGGGUCGACGGCGUCGUCUAUGGGGGUGGGCUUUGAGGGGUUUUGA